GAACUAUAAGAGCUCGUAGUUGGCUCUAUUCUCAUCCAUAUGUGUUUUGAAUACGCCUGGCAGAUCCAGGCUGCUGACUCCUGCUUCCGCUCCUUCCCGCCAAGAAAGUCCAAUGUCAGAGCAAUUUUCUACCCUGGCGAUGAGAGCUAAACAAAUGACACUCCUUCUAUGAAGGAUAGCAGGCAUCUUCCAUCGAAAUCAGAAUCGCAAAGGCAAUCGCAGAAUGUGUGCCACCAGCGUGGAGCUCGCAGCAUCCUGAAUCUGAGUAGCAGGAGGGGAUUCCUUGGACAGACACCUCUGAUUGAAUUGGAGAACAGCGGAGGAACGAAGAAAAUGCGGAAAAACGCCAAGAAAAUGGCGGCGAAUCGGAGGCGAAAGAAGACAAUCGCCCUACUGACAUCGGGACUAAAAUCAGUAGUCAAGUGGAAAAUUAUUGUAUCAUCCAUAAUGUUGCUCUUAUUAAGUGGGACAAGUCACGUGCUGGCUGUGCGAAAGGGUCGCCUGAUGUCCCCCAGCACAUUCACCGCCCUCAGCGGGGACCUGCAUGUGCAGAUCCAGUUCAACGGCGACGACAUCUCCAGGCCAUUGGCGUCGAAGGAGGAGCGGCUCACCACCACCACCACGGAGCACUCGAGCACCGACUUGAAGACCAGGAACAACACCAUAAUGAGCACUUUAGUCAUUAGCAAAAUCAUUGAUGAAGCGGAGGAGGGCUCGACAGCAAAGGAUCUAGUGCCCGUUGCAACCACCAAUAGCAGCAGCAGCAAACUGGUGCUGCAGCGCCGGCGCAAGGAGGUGGUCCAGAACAUCCCGCUAUUCCCGGAUCCCAGGUUCAACGUCACCCAAGUGACGGUGCCCUGCCAGACCUUCCUGAUCGGCGGUCGCUACGAGAUGCAGGUGGUGAGCAAUCUGCGGAAGGUGGGCAGGAACCAGAGCGAGGUCACCACCACACUGGUGCCGUCCCAGGAUGAGCGCCUGCUCCAGACCCUCGAUGUGCGAUGGCCCAGUGCCGAGAUGAUUGUCAGCCCCGUGCGUUUGAAGACAUAUCCAAAGAAUCCUGUGGAGGUGACCCUAAGAUUCCCCGAGGUGAACUGCAAUCAGACGGGCAGCCUGCCGCUGCCGGAGUUCUGGCUGGAGCUUCUCUACUGUGGCAAGGAGCGCAGCUGCAGUCGGAACAUGUCCAGGUCCAGUGUGCUCUUUGCGGAGCAGAUACGCGGCUUCCCAAAGAACAAGAGCCUCCGUCUCGGCUGCGAGCUGUUCGGCCUGGCCGGGAACUAUGCGGUCCAACUGCGCCCCAUGGUUCCCAUUCCCUCCCAGAAUGUGCCCACCACCCGGCGACUCCUUAGCGUGGACUGGAGCGAUGAAUUCGUGUUCAAUGUGUACGCCCGCAGCAUCUUCCCCUGCGAUCCACACACGGGCAUCGGAGUGCUCUACGAGUAUCCGGGCUGCAUCCUGGAGCAGGGCGACCGGGUGCGUCUCUAUGCCAAGCUGCGAGCCGAUGUCGCCUCACUGAAGCCCCCAACCUCGCUGCACUACGUCGCCGAGCAGCGGGUGGUGAAGAGCCAGCACUCGCUCCACUUUGCCUGCGACCUCUUCUCCGAGAAGUAUGUGGAGUACUGCUUCGUCUACGUGAGCCAGGCGAUAUCCGGUGCUGUGGCCGAUGUCCGGAUGGACUGCGUCCCCACGCUGCCCGUAAGCGAUUCGGAUACUGGAGGCUGGGGACAAUGGAGCGAGUGGACACCAUGCUCCACGAAUUGCCUGGGUGGAACGAGGAAUCGUUACAGAUUCUGUGACUCUCCACCUCCACGAUAUGGAGCCAAGUUCUGUGAGGGUCCAUCGGUAGAGACUCAGAAAUGCGGCAAGAGCAUAGCCGAUACCUGGGACUGCAUUUACGAGACCUCGGGCACAUCCAUAACCAAAACGAACAGCUCGGAAGUUAGCCAGGAAAUCGGACCCGGAUGUCGUUGUGGCUGCAUUGUUCACCUGGGCUCCUCGAAGCCCAAAAGGAUCAUUGCGGGAGCCACACAGAGCUGUCCUGGUCGCUCCUUCUGGCUCCUACAGGUGGAUGGCGAGGAGAGCAUUUCGUUGGCCCUGAGCUUCCUUCGCCUGCCCUGUGCCUCCCAGUACAUAAAGGUGCGCGAUGGACCGUCGCUCUCCUCCACCCUGCUGGUGGAGCUCAAUGGCGGCGGGCUGAGUCUCAAGGGAGGCGAAGUUCCGGUGGCCGUCGAGUCGAGUGGCGGCCAACUUCUGGUAGAGUUCUCCGCCGGCGAUAGCCAGGCAACGAAUACAUCCUCUGUGGCUCAGGACGGAAACGCAUCCUGCACUGGCGGCUUCAUGGCCAGUGUGCAGCAGCAGUUCGCAACGAGGAGCAGCAAUGCCAGCACCACACUUGUUGCGGCCACUCGUUUGGCCGGAAAGAGUCGCUCUAGCGCAAAAACAAUGACACAUCUACGCUUCACUUUGGUCCAUCUGAGUGCCAUGAUCUUUGCCAGCAUUAUUAUCAUUAUAAGCGCCUUGCUUGGUGCCCAGUAUGUGGUGCGUUAUCGGAAAUACCAUCUGGCGGUGGCUAGGCGCCAGGACGAAGGCUCCCGCUUGCACACCCCGAGAGCCUCGCUGAGUUCCCUGCAGGGACCUCCUUCGCGAGCCAUCUCCACCACAACCCUGCUCUCGGAGGUGAUUUACCUGGUAAAGAUGAGGCCAAAGCACCACCAGCGGCAUUCCAUUCUUCGCGAGAGCGUGGAUGCAGAGAAUCUAACCAGCGAGACGGAAUUCAAGGAGACGGAUUCGCCAGGAAUGCUGGCCAAGUGUGAUGAACUCAAGGAAAUGGGCAGCUCGGCAUCCAUGCUUACCCUGCGCAAUGAAAGAUCCUCGCCAGCGCGAUCCCUGGACACUGGCAAUGUCAUUGGCUCUCCCUCCUCCGGGGAAGCCGAACUGGCAGAAGUUAACAGCCGAGUCGAUGACUCCAAGGACUCACCCAUAGAUGAUCCAAUGGAGCCGGCCAGCUGCAAGGACAGUGCCCGGGAUACAGAGUCUAUCAUAUCCUCGGGCAUGAGCUCCUUGUGCAAUAGUCCACCAAUGAACAGCAAGCGGCUGAGCAAGUAUUCCGAUCGCUACGAUGCGGUGACCCUGAAGUUACUCUCCUCUCGAUUGGAUGAGAGCCUGCAGGAUGCUAGCUCCCUGCACUCUGUGACCGGGUCCCUCAGGCUGGGCCGAAUGGGAUCGCGCAGUGUCAGCUCUUCCCUGACGAAUGGCUGCUACUCACCAGCCGCCAGUGUGGUCAGCACGGCAACCAUCCGGACAACCAGCAAUCCCAAGGAGUCCAAGGAAAAGCAGAAUCGCAGGAGGCUACUGGCACGACCCGGAUCCGAGUUCUCGCUGGGCAAUCAGGAGGAACUCGAGCUGGACUACUACGAUUACAAUGUGAUCAAUGCAGGCUCGGCACCGGGCUCCUAUUUGGGCAUGGAUCCGGCAUAUCUGGUAUGGAUUCCGCCUUUCGAAGAGGUCGCUGAAAGGGAGGAGGAUGACAAGACGCCGGAACCGGAACGCGAUCCGGACCCGGAGAGGGAUGAGCGAGAGCCGCUGUACGAGGAGAUUCGCAUGCCCAAGUACGGACACUAUCUAAGCCCUGCCAGCAACACGGAGUCCAGCAAGUCCAACACGGCGGAUAACACUCCCAGCUCUGAGGAGCUAUCGCCUCCGAAUAGUGGGCGUCCCUCCAAGGCCACUUCACCCUGUGACGGAGGCAAGACCCUGCCCAAGCAGCCCACUCCGUUUAUGUCCAGGAAGCAGCGCCGCCAGUCCAAGCAGCAAAUUCAGGCCAAUCUAUCCCUUAGCGCCGGAUCCCUGGACAACGAACAGCGAUCUGGCAGGAGCUCAAGGACCAUCGAGAUUGCUGCAGUGCAUCAGAAACUGGAGGCCGAUUUCGAGCCCAAUGAGUCCAACGGCUCGUAUGUGGAAAAGGAGACGGCUGUGGAAAAAUCAUCGGGGGAUCUGCAGGAGUUUCUGGCCCUGGACGACAUCCAGUUCGCCGACGAGAGUGGCAGUGACUACGAGGCUGUCAACCUAAAGCAGGUGUCCCAAUCGGAGUCCAAGCUAAACCAAGACGAUGUGCGAACAAAGCUGCUAAGACGGAAGGAGCCAAAGUCAAAGGAGGUGUCCGUGUAACCCGGAAACUCAAUUGUAUAUAGUACUUAUAAAAAGAGCACAAAGAGGGCAGCAUAUGUUUAGCUAUAGUCAUACCCAAAAUCUUGUAAACUACGGGUUAAUAUUACAUAUAAAUGAGAAACGUAGACCACCUUGGAGUAAUUGUGUUUCAAAGCUCAUCUCUCUAAAAACUGUAUACUUGUAGAAGUAAAGAACGCACCUAGUCUCAGAGCUCGUAUAAGGCUAAUCUGUUUAAUCUCACGUUACACUGUAAAUACUGUACUAUAAGUAUUUAUUCGCACCAAAUUAUAGAAAUCUAUUCUAUUCACUUAAGGCAUUUUAAUUGACACUAAAAUUGGAUUAGGAAAUUGGAAUUACUUCGAAAUUUUGUGAUCUUUAUUUGUUGCUUGCAAGCAUUGGAAAUUCUAGUCAAUACGAAUAGUCGAAAUUAAUUAGCGUUUGAGAUCAAAAAAUGUUUUUGU